CCCCGCGCGCCCCGCCUCGCCCGCGCGGAACUCGCAUGGGGCGCCGGCGGCGGCCGAGGGAGUGUGACUGCGCUGCGCAGGGCGCUAGGAGGCAUUGUCGCCGCACAGGCCCCUUUGUGAGCAGCAGACCAGCCUGGGGGCUGGCAGCAGGACACCCGCGUCUGCAUGCUGAAGAAGAUGGGUGAGGCCGUGGCCAGAGUAGCGAGGAAGGUCAACGAGACGGUGGAGAGCGGCUCUGACACCCUGGACCUGGCCGAGUGCAAGCUGGUGUCUUUCCCCAUUGGCAUCUACAAGGUCCUGCGGAACGUCUCCGACCAGAUCCACCUCAUCACACUGGCUAACAACGAGCUCAAGUCUCUCACCAGCAAGUUCAUGACCACAUUCAGUCAGCUCCGAGAGCUCCACCUGGAAGGGAAUUUCCUGCACCGCCUCCCCAGUGAGGUCAGUGCCCUGCAGCACCUCAAGGCCAUUGACCUGUCCCGAAACCAGUUCCAGGACUUUCCGGAGCAGCUUACCACCCUGCCGGCGCUGGAGACCAUCAACCUGGAGGAGAACGAGAUCGUGGAUGUGCCCGUGGAGAAGCUGGCUGCCAUGCCAGCCUUGCGCUGCAUCAACCUCCGCUUCAACCCACUCAACGCCGAGGUGCGCGUCAUCGCCCCGCCACUCAUCAAGUUUGACAUGCUCAUGUCGCCGGAGGGCGCCGGGGCCCCCCCACCAUAGGCCAUCCUCCUCAUGCCCACCCAGCAAGGGACAGAAGCCACUGGCCUGGCACCCUGAUGGGAGGGAGGCCCAUGGGCCCAUGGGAGGCCAAGCUUGGGGGGCUGGGGGCGGGUGGGCCGUACAGCGUGUGGUGGGUGGGAUGCAGCCGGUCCAGGAUAGAUAGCUUGCGGCAGUAGUGGACUUGGAACGCCUGAGGGAGGAGGUGAGGUGGGGGCUGCAGCCUGGACUCUGGGCACUCACAGCUGCUGUGCAAACUUGGACAGAUCUCCUGCCCUCUCUGAGCCUUGUUACUUGGAGAAAGGGCAGGGAGCCUUUGCCUCCUUUGGGUGCCUUGGAGGUUGUUCAGGCAGUACCUGCCUCCAGGUUACCUCCAAAUCAUCGGGCAGCUCUGAGCCCACAGAGGAGCACUGCUGAGCAUUUUCUGGGCCCUUGCGGCUUAGAGGCCUUGUUUCUAGUACUGAGAGCCGGUCGCUGCCCUGAGAGGAGUAGAAGCCAACCUCCAUCUAUUUAUUGCUUCCUGAGAACCAACCUGGAUUCGACCCUCUGCAGGGCCCAUCCUCAGUCCUAUGGGUCCCUGGCCUGGCAGGAUGGUCGGUCCCCUGCCAGGAGAGGGCCUGGGCCUCUUGCUUCCUUGUAACACCUGUGGUUCGGAGAACCCCAACCUCUGAUCUGCCAGGUAUCUACCUCCCACCUCCUCCUCCUCCGUGGAGCAAGCAGACUCAGAGUGCCCCAGACCCCACCUGCUCUGCACCUUUGUCUGGAUCUGUAGAGGCACCUGGGGCCCCAGGACUUGGGGCAAAGGCAGACCACGCAAAUCCUGUGUCCUGUCGGCCAGUGGCCACUUUACCACUCCUAGGGUUAGGCUGUUCGGAGCUCGGACCGCCACUCAGCUCAGUAAGCCCUUCUCAGAACAUUCCCAGCUCCCUUCUUCCUGCCCAGGUCUCCUGUCUCUUGGCACGGAGCCCACAGGUUGGGCCAAUGUUGGCCCACCACUGAGUGCUCUGUGCCCAAGAGAGACUUGUUCACUCUGUUCAUUUCCCAAGGUUGCUUGGUCAAACUCUGGGAAAAGGGUGUUCAGGGUCAGAAGGUCAAGACAGGAUCUCCAGGAUCCCCAAGUCCAGGCUGUGGAUGUUGGGGGCAAGUAGAGGCUGAAGUCCUGUUCAGGCUUGGUGGGCCCCACCCACCCUGUGUCCUGGUGUGGGAUUUCUCCUUAUUGAAAAAGAUGCACACUUUUGUGAUGUGCACAAAGGGAAAGUAUGGCCGGAGCCUCACAACUCCAGGUGUGGUCUGUGGAUCGACAGCAGCAGCGUCACCUGGGAGCUUGUUAGAAAUGCAGAGUCCCAGGCCCUGCCCCAGAACUGUCGGCUCAGACUCUGCAUUUUAGCAAGAUCCCCAGCUGACUCCUACAAGCACUUUACAGUUUGGGAAACAAGGGCCUGGGGGUGACUCUGGGGAUGACCUUGGAGUAGAGGAUGAGUGUUCUCAGUUCUCCACCUGCCAUCUCCAGGGCUUUGAGUCUCUGCUCAGCCGCCUGCCUAACUCAGCCAUGGGAGACCCUUGGCCUCUUAGAUCUUUCCAGAGUCUUCCUGACACUCCCAAGGGAGGGAGUGAUCUGAAGUCACAAGGAGAUGAGGGUUGGGCGUGCCUGGACCCUGUCUUUCUGGUCAACCCCUGCAUGCCAAGCCGCCUGCUUACCCAGGUCCUCACCUCAGGCCAUUUGAAGGGGUUGCUUCUGGAAGCUGUUUUCUACUCUGCUGGGAGAGUUGCCCUUGCCUCUCUAGGAAAGCUUGGGCAGUCGGAAAAGCCCCCAAAUCAGAGCUCACGGUGUGAGUGAGCCUCUUAGCUUCAGUCUGCAAUAAAGAAUGUGUUGGUUUCA